AUGGCGAUUGACCACAACUCCCCAGCCCUCGCAGAAAGCUAUGUGCUCUGCGACAAAAAGUACAUUGUCACCCCCAAAUCAUUCAUCAAGCGCACGCUGCGGCGCCACGAAUGGCAAACCGCAUGGAACAGCCGCCUCAUCAUCCCCUCACAAUGCUGGCCGCAGCGCUGGCGCACCGACGCAGCCAAUCUGGCCUUUAUCGCAGCCAACACGACGAUUCCUGUCCCACGGGUCAACUUUGCCUUUGAGGACGACGGCGCCUUUUACUUUUCCACGCGCAUGGUGGACGGGGUAUCGAUGCGGUCGCUGCCGGAUGACAAGAAGGCCGUUGUCCAGGCCGAUUUGGACGGCUACAUUGCGCAGCUGCGCGCGCUGAAGCGGGAUAGACCGGGUGUUCCUGGUUCAGAUCUGCUGUGUCCGCCAAUCCGUGUCUACGAGGAGCCUGAGGUGACUGGCAAUGGUGGAUGGAAUGCGCACUGCUGUUUCAGGCUGAAGCCGGGGUGGAGGCCGACGCCGGGCGAGGAGUAUGUGUUUUGUCAUAAUGAUUUGGGGAGGCAUAAUAUCUUGGUGAAUCCGGAAACACUAAAAGUUAUGGCGGUUAUCGACUGGGAGUAUGGCGGGUUCUGGCCGGCUUGGUUUGAGGGGCACUUUUGGAAGAGGGAUGGGCCGUCGGGGGCUGUGGGGGACGAGGAGUGUGAUGUGAAGAGGCUGCGGGCGUGGCUGGAGGAGAAUUGUGAUCCUGUGCCCAUGCCGCCUCUAUGA